GUAUAUUUUAUCCAUGAGUGACUCCUAAAGGGCUGACUCUAAUCUCCUCCUCUCCUCUCUCUCUGCUGCUUCCUUUCUCCUUGGAUUCGUUUGAGAGCAAAGUUGUGGAGCAGCCAGAUGUCUUGCUGUGGGAGAGCCUCACCUGAACUCCUAGAUCUUUUCUGGGCUCUUCUUUUCAACAGAAAGCGGCAACUUCAGCCAGUAAAGCUGGGAGUUUUCAAAGGAGGAGCUGAGAAAGGAGUCUGAGGACAUGCCAAGUGCCUCCGUAGGGGGAGGAGUUGGAUGCUAAGACCAUCUCUGCCUCAGGAGGACCGAGCCUGCAGAACCUGGCUCCCUUUGGCUCACGCAGGAGAAAAGGGUGAGCUCCCAGAUGAGCAGCUACCCACCACUGAAGAACUGAGAGCCAUGGUCCUCAGCAAGGGGAGGCUGUGACCAGGACACACACAAGUCUCUACCACCGGAGUUUCCUCUGCUGCAAAAUAAUAUAUGGGAAGGAGCCGGCCAUGGAGAAGCUGUACUUUGCAGGGAAUGACCUUUGGACGAUCAACAGUUCGCUAGAAAACACCAGCCUGAGCCUGGAGAACCUGACUUAUGGGAAGAACAGCACAACUGACCCCCUGAAGAGAAACGAGGACAUGGCGAAGGUAGAAGUGGCAGUGCUCUGCCUCAUCUUCUUCCUUGCCCUGACUGGCAACCUGUGUGUGCUUCUGGCCAUCCGCACGACCCGGCACAAGCACUCCCGCAUGUACUACUUCAUGAAGCACCUGAGCAUCGCCGACCUGGUGGUGGCCAUCUUCCAGGUGCUGCCCCAGCUCAUCUGGGACAUCACCUUCAGGUUUUAUGGGCCAGACUUCCUCUGCCGCCUGGUCAAGUACCUGCAAGUAGUGGGAAUGUUUGCUUCCACUUACAUGCUCUUGCUGAUGUCCCUGGACCGGUGCCUGGCCAUCUGUCAGCCCUUGAGGUCAUUGCACAGGAGGUCUGACCGGCUGUCUGUCCUCCUCACCUGGCUUCUCUGCCUGCUAGUCAGCAUCCCCCAGAUCCACAUAUUUUCCCUCCGGGAUGUGGGCAAUGGGGUGUAUGACUGCUGGGCAGAUUUCAUCCAGCCCUGGGGACUCAAAGCCUACAUUACUUGGAUAACCUUGACAGUCUAUAUCAUCCCUGUGCUGAUGCUGAGUGUCUGCUAUGGUUUGAUCAGCUUCAAAAUCUGGCAGAACGUGAAACUAAAGACAGCCCAUGAGACCAACGUGAGUUUGACCACCAACUCCAGUGGGGCGGCACUGUCCAGGGUCAGCAGCAUCAAGCUCAUCUCUAAAGCCAAGAUACGGACAGUCAAAAUGACCUUCAUCAUAGUUUUAGCUUUCAUAGUGUGCUGGACUCCAUUUUUCUUUGUGCAGAUGUGGUCAGUAUGGGACAAGAACGCUCCACAAGAAGCUUCCCCAUUUAUCAUUGCCAUGCUCCUAGCAAGUUUAAACAGCUGUUGCAAUCCCUGGAUCUACAUGCUUUACACAGGCCAUCUCUUCCAUGACCUUAUGCAACGGUUCCUCUGCUGUUCUACCCGCUACUUAAAAUCCCGGCAAGGCUGUGACCUUAGCGUCAGCAAGAAAAGCAACUCCUCCUCGUUUGUCCUGAGUCGUAAGAGCUCCAGUCAGAGGAGCUUCACUCAACCUUCUAUGGCAUAAAGACUCUUCCAGGACAAUUUGGACUUCAAUACCACUUUGCUCUGUCUUCAGCAUCUAUUUGUACAAAGGCUGAUUCAGAACGUAUGGCGGUUUUUAUGUGUGUACAUAUAUGUAUGUGUGUGCGUGCGAUUGUAUGCGUGUGUUGAAUUUGUUAUUUAUCUGAGGCAGGAAGAAGAAAAGAACUUCCGUAGUCAAAAGCCUGGUAUGGAAUAGAUACUUUAAUGGGGUUCAAUUCAGUGGACAAGAUCCUGAAGCCUUUAGUUAUUGAAAUCAAUGGGGUUCUUACAUAAUGACUAGGUAUCAACUGCAACAUCUUACUUACCUGAAUAGGUUUAUUGAAGUUGAUGAAUCAAAGUUAUGACUCCCGAGUUUAAGGGGACAUCACUGAGUUGCAACAGAGCUGAUCUACAAAAAGUGAGUUCUCUCUGGACUAUUCCUACUCAGGUGAGUAUUGCUCAUUGAUUUCAGCGUGAGCAUUGGUGUGGGUACACGAACAAGUUAUCCUGAAGUAAGUUCGAACGUGGACAUCCAGCAUAUCAGCUACUUGGCAGCAAUGAACUAUGUGCACAGUCUUAUUCUGUGGUUAAUGCAGAUGUAGUUUGCCUCACAUUCAUUGAGGGGAAAGCUGUUUUGCAGGUACUAUGAGAUAUCUUGUUAACAUGCCUUCUGUGUGUAUAAGGCCUUGCAGGAUCCUGACUUAGGUCCUUGUAUAAAAAUAAUACCCACCGACAUCAAGAGAGUAUUGGCUCAGUGAAGAUAUAGGGGUCUGAUUCUGCAGCAACUUAUGUACAUGCUUAACUUGAAGAUUCUCAGUUGGCCCCAUUCACUUCAGUGGGACUAUGCAUGUGGUUCAACUUAAGCAUGUGCAUAAGUGAUGAUGGGAUCACGUGUUUGUUCAAUAAUACGUGUACUAAUUAUGUUCAAAAGCUUUCUCUAAGAUGGUGAAAUCUGGUGUCCAUCAGACUCAAUGGCAAAACUCCCAUGGGUCUUCCUGGGUCCAGGAUUUUAUUCUUCGGUUAUUGUAUAUAUUAUUACAUCGCUAUGAACAUUUUUUCCUGUAAGGCACAAGAUUCAUGCUUUUGGCAUGAAUUUUUAAAAGUAUUUUCUUGUAAAUGAAAUUGUAUUAAUUCAGCUUCAAGAAAAGCGCAAGCGCUGUAAAAAAAAAAAAAAAAAA